AUUCUAGGAAGAACUUAAAAUCAAACAAAAUCAACUAUCACAAUUAUGCGAUGAUCUAAUACCGAGGUAAACUGACUUUUUUUGUUUCGCUUUCUGAAAAGCUUAAAUUUAUUGAUAAUUUUUUUUUUGUCACCUUUUUCUCUUCCCUGUCUAGCCUGUAAGUAUCAGUACGCUUUUCACAAUAUUUAAUUGCAUGAGCACAGGUCAAUUCUGCUUAUGGUCUAAAAAACGAAAAGCAAAAUUUUAUGAAAAAUAGAUCAAAUUCGUUAAGACAGAAAACUUUGGGUUCACGGUCAUUUUUUGGUGUCAUAUAAACAGCUUUAAUUCGAAUCGAGUAAUGCUUAGUAGAAAAAUUUGCAAGAUGUUCUUAACUGUUUCAUAUUCCAUUCUGUAAAAAUCUCUUAAACAAAGUCUAAUUUUGUUUUGCAUGUUUACCUGUGCUGUUGCUCGAAUAUCUAUAAAUGUCUUGUGUUGUAAAUAGUAUUUUUAACUAUGUAGCACUCGUCAUGUUUGCUCUACGUAUACUAGUUUUGUCUUAUAAAUCCUACUUACAUAAGACAGCAUGUCUUAGUGGAUAUGUUGUUCCUCACGUACUGCAAAAUGUACUGUGUUUGAGCCUCGGCGCCGCCAGGUCAUUUAAUAACUUUGGAUAAGUUACUUAUGUCUUAGCAUCUCCGAUCACCCGUCCGACGGUAUACUCACUACGUUGUGACGUAGAAUACAGUUCCUGUGGCUAGUUCGCAUAGCUUUUUCGAAAAGCUAGUACGUGGUUAGUGAGUGUGUAUGAGGAGGAACUCUACGUCAGGCUAACCUUCGACUUCUGUCCAGAACUGUGGUUGACGACUAGUAACGACAUGGGUGGCCAUAUCAGAAGCUUAUCAAUUGCAGGAAAGAUAUCGGACUAUUGAAACGGCCAUUUGGCAGCAUCCUAUAUCGGAACUGGUAGCCGCAAGAUGGGGUAUUCUUCCUUCUUCUUUGCUUCCACUUACACAGACUACUAUUAAAAAGGAAAUAGAUAGAUUUUUUAACUUGAGUUUUGUAGUCUAUAUUGUGCCAUUGAUUGUUAAAAUAGAUAAGUCUUGUUUGACAAUUCUAUUUUAACUUUAUAUACUAGAAAUAUACGGAAUCCUGUUGAUAUCAAUGAGCGAAGAUUUUUUUUAUAGAAUUGUUUCAAUAUUUUCUGAUAAUAAGUUUUAUAAGUCAUGUGGACACGUGACAUAACAUGGGAAAAUGGUUCUUAUGUGUACUAAAUGCAUGUCCUGUUCGUGGAAUACUUUCGCUAUUCAAAAACAUUGUUAUUCACAUUUUUAGACCAUCACGUGACGAUGUUGAUGUAUUAAAACAUGAAUUAAUGUCCGUUCAACAACAAAUGAAUGAUUUAGCUUUGGAAAAAGAAAAUGAAAUCUCUAAAUUAAUACAAGAAUUAUCAACUUAUAAAUCCACAAUUUCAGACAGGUUUCAGUAUUUUCAGAUUUGUCUCCAGAGAGAUUUAUUGUAUGUUUGCACGAAACGUCAAAAUUAA